AUGUCAGGCUACGGAGAACAGGGCGAUGGCCAGUGGUCGACCCAAUACCCGCCCGUCGUCCCGUCUACGCAACACACCACUUCUCAGCACCAUCACAUGCCGCCCCCUCCUCUCUACCCGCAGCACCAGACGCAAAAUCCGUAUCCUCCAAGCUCUUCUCAUUCUCAGUACCAGGAUAUAUACCCACCAUUCACGACCUAUCCCUCGCACCCUCCAUCGCCACCUCACUUUCCUGGCCACCAAGCCGCCAGUGCAUACUCGCAUGCCGUUACUACGUCCGCGCCACAGGCAUACUCCCAACUUCACCCGUCGCAGUCCAUCUCAUCUUCGCACUCUCUAGAGCGACGCUCGAUCACAUUCAGGUUCUCUACGAGCAAUGCUGCCAUCUACAACUCCCGGAUAUACGACUCGUACGGCAAGUCGCCAUUCGACGUUACGUCGAGAGGACAGAAGACGACUUUUCAGUCGUCGGAUGGGAGACCUAUCGCGGUAAUCCAUUGGGAUUAUGCGCACCCGAUCAUGGUAUAUAGGGGCUCUAAGUUCAAGUGUAUGGACUGGUUUCCUUACAACAAAGACAAACAGUCUCGGACAAUAACCCACGCGGGAAAGCAAUACUACACGACCGACCGGGACUCGACAGUCUACUUCAUGCCUCUCGACAAGCCCGGACAUGUCAUUGCUAUCUGGCGUGACCCGAACGAUAUCUCGGAGCUCGAGGUCUAUGAAGACGCGCUCGAUGUCCCCGGCCUUCACGAAGUGUUCCUGCUCGCCACUCUGCUACUCGCCCAAUCGCACCCUAUCGGAGAUUAUAACCCUGCUCGGAAAAGUGAAGAACACAUGUAG